AUGUCUUGGGCACUCCUAAGGCACUCUGGGCACUCUAAGGCACUCUCAGGCACUCUCCAGGCACUCUCCAGGCACUCUAAAGGCCUCUCGGCGCUCUUGGGCACUCCUGGGGCGCUCCCUGGGCGCUCUAAGGGCACUCCCAGGGACUCUGGGCACUCCUCCAGGCCUCCUAGGGGCACUCUCCGGCACUCUAAGGCACUCUCAGGCACUCUGGGCACUCUCCAGGCUCUCAGGUGCUCAAAAACUGCUCUUGGGCACUCUAAGGCACUCUUGAGGCACUCUCGGGCACUCUGGGCACUCCUGGGCACUCUGGGCACUCUGGGCACUCUCCGGGCACUCUUGGGCACUCUAAGGCACUCUGGGCACUCUCAGGAACCUGGGCACUCUCCAGGCACUCUAAGGCGCUCUAAGGGGCACUCUCCAGGCGCUCCCUACUCACAGGGGCACUCUAAGGCACUCUCCAGGCACUCUAAAGGCACUCUUCUGGGCACUCUCCUAGGCACUCUCAAACUCUCAGGCACUCUAAGGCACUCUCCAGGCACUCUAAGGCACUCUACACAAAAGGCACUCUCAGGCACUCUGGGCACUCUCAGGCACUCUAAGAGCACUCUCAGAGCACUCUCUCAGGCACUCUCAGAGCACUCUAAAAGGUACUCUAAAACACUCUCAGAGCACUCUAAGAGCACUCUUAGGCACUCUCCAAACUGCUCUAAAACACUCUACAGGCACUCUAGGCACUCUGAGCACUCUCUGAGCACUCUUGGGCCUCAGAGCACUCUAAAAGAGCACUCUAAAAACUCCCUAAAAGAGCACUCUCCCAGGAACUCAGGCACUCUCAAGCACUCUAAAGGCACUCUCAGGCACUCUAAGGCACUCUCAGGCACUCUAAGGCACUCUCAGGGGCUCUCAAGGCACUCCAGCACUCUCACGGGCACUCUCCAGGCACUCUCCAGGCACUCAGGCACUCUCAAGGCACUCUAA